AUGGGGCAAAGCCGCCGGCGGCCUGCUGCUGCUGCUGCUGCUGCUGCUGCUGCUGCAGUUGCUGCAGCGCUGCUGCUGCUGCUUUUCGCCUCGCCUCCCGGCUUCGCCGCAGCAGCGCCCCCGGGCGACGACGACGGCGCCGUCGCGGGGCCCUCAGCAGCAGCAGCAGCAGCAGCAGCAGCAGCGCAGCAGCAGCAGCAGCAGCAGCAGGGCCUCCGGGCCAUUCUGCUGGGCCAAAACCCCCAAGGCUGGCAGCAAGUGCAGCAAAUCUUGACAGAAGUGGAAGGAGGAAAAGUUCCCAAGACAGCUCAGGAGUUCAAAGAGCUCUUCACUUCCGUCUUAACUGCUGCUGGAAACUGGCGCACUGACAAGGUCCUGCGCAUUGGCCCGCUGACCCACCAUUUGGCCACCCACAAAAACUUGGCGAAAUCUCUUUUGCCUUUUUUGGCUUCCCUCGCCCUCAGACUCCCCGACUUCUUCCCCAAUGGCAUUCGGCAUUUGGGGCGGGACAACCCGGUGGUGCAUUUGCGGCGAAUAGAAGUCUUGGCUUUACUUGCUGCUUUAUUUUUCGGAGUGAUAUUCCCGCGGCAGCGGCUGCUGCUGCAGCAGCAGCUGCAGCAGCAGCAGCAGCAGCAGCAGCAGCUGCAGAUGAACGCCCCCGACAUGCACUACAGAGGCUACUUCGAAAGGGCCCCCAAGUUCCAGUCUUUGCUGCAGUACUUUCGGCAGAUGCAGCAAACUCUGGGGGGUUGCUGGCAGCAAAUGCUGCAGCGCGGGGACGUGGGCCCGCUGCACUGCAGCAGCAGCAGCAGCAGCAGCAGCAGCAGCAGCAGCAGCGGCUGCAGCUGCACGGAGGUGACCUUUCUGGGGACGAAGAAGCACAUUUCUGCUGCUGAUGAAAUAAUUAGUUUUUACUUCCAAGUCCCGCAAGAAACUGUCUUCACUUCUCCCGAAGGAUUCCAAGUUGUUCGUCCCGAAAUAAAACUCGAAAAUAUUCUCCAAGACAAACUUCCUUUAUUUCCAAUUGAAGUUCAUUUAAGUGGAGACAUCACCAAAGCCGACGGCGCCAUCCAGGCAGCUCGUUCGGGUGUAUAG